AACACAAACCCUACAAAAACCCUGAACCCUCUCUCUCUCUCUCUCUCUCUCUCUCUCUCUCCAUCUACCGCUUCCUACGGGAAAGAUUGUUUUGGUUUUCAAUGUUAAGAUUUUCUUGGUCUUCAAGACACCAUUUCUCCCAUUAAACCUCUCUAAAACCCUCACAUUUUUCCAAAUUCACCCAUAAGUUAACAACAAGCCCCUCUUCCUUCCUUUUCCCUCUACACACCCACCCACCAAAAAACAAAAAAAAACCCAAGGGUUUCAGUCUCAGACUUCAGAGGGUUUUGUUAGAAACCCGUAAAGGAAUUAGAGAGGAAAAAAUGGCGAAGACAUAUGCAUUAGGACUUAUCACAGCAGUAGCUGCCUCAGCCUCCUUAUCAAAGAACAAUUGUGCUUACGCUGAUGGCCCUUUCAGCUUCUCACCCUUCUCUACUCCUUCUUCCAAUGCUUCCCAACCCUCUUCUUCUUCUUCUAAGCAAUCUGCGCCGUCAAAUCCACCCUCCUCGUCGUCGACUGGGGAUGCUGCUGAGCCUCCUCCUCCUCCGAAGGUUCGCAAUGAUCAUCCGAGGACAACUUCGGCUGGGUUCGAUCCGGAGCCGCUGGAGCGGGGUGUUCAGGCCUUGGAAAAAAUCAGCCAAUCUUCUAGUGCCAAACAGGUACUUGAAGCUAUAAAGAAGCAAGAAGAGACAAGGCAGGUUGAGUUGAAUGCAAAGGCUGCAGAGUAUAAUGCACUGAAGGCCCAAUUUGAAACGGAGAGACAAAGGGUCAUCUAUGACGAGCAGAAAAAGCUAGCUCAGCAUCAAGCGCAAACAAAAUCCCAAAUGGCUCGCUAUGAGGAUGAAUUGGCAAGGAAGAGGAUGCAGGCUGAAAAUGAAUACCACAGAUCAAGGAACCAAGAGCUUGUAAAACUGCAAGAAGAAUCAUCGAUUAGGCAGGAGCAAGCUCGGCGUGCGACAGAAGAACAGAUCCAAGCACAGCGUCGACAGACAGAGAGGGAGAAGGCUGAGAUAGAGCGUGAAACAAUCAGAGUGAGGGCUAUUGCAGAAGCAGAAGGGCGAGCCCAUGAAGCAAAACUAGCCGAAGAUGUUAACAGGAGAAUAUUGAUAGACCGUGCAAAUGCUGAGAGAGAGAAAUGGGUUUCUGCAAUAAAUACCACAUUUGAUCAUAUUGGAGGUGGCUUGAAAGCCAUUCUGACAGAUCAGAAUAAACUAGUUGUUGCUGUUGGGGGAGUGACAGCUCUAGCCGCAGGAGUUUACACAACAAGAGAAGGUGCAAAGGUGAUAUGGAGCUACGUGGACAGAAUAUUGGGACAACCAUCACUGAUCAGAGAGUCCUCUAAAGGGAAGUACCCUUGGUCAGGAUUAUUCUCACGUUCUAUUGGCACCCUGUCUCGUGGUGGCAACAAGGGUCAUACAAAAGAUGGGAAGGCUUUUGGUGAUGUUAUUUUACACCCUUCUCUUCAGAGAAGGAUAGAACACUUGGCUAAUGCAACCACAAAUACAAAAUCUCAUCAGGCGCCAUUCAGAAACAUGCUCUUCUAUGGUCCUCCAGGAACAGGGAAGACAAUGGCCGCUAGAGAGAUGGCUCGUAAAUCAGGAUUGGAUUAUGCAUUGAUGACGGGAGGGGAUGUUGCCCCACUUGGACCACAGGCUGUUACCAAGAUACACGAGUUAUUUGAUUGGGCGAAAAAGUCACGGCAGGGUCUGUUGCUUUUCAUCGAUGAAGCUGAUGCAUUCUUGUGCGAGAGAAACAAAACCUAUAUGAGUGAAGCUCAAAGAAGUGCACUCAAUGCUCUCCUAUUCCGGACUGGUGACCAGUCCAAGGACAUAGUCCUUGCCCUUGCCACGAACCGUCCCGGGGAUCUUGAUUCAGCUGUGGCAGAUCGUAUUGAUGAAGUGCUUGAAUUCCCUUUGCCUGGGGAAGAGGAGCGCUUUAAGCUGCUAAAGUUGUAUCUGGACAAGUACAUUGCUCAGUCUGAAACAAGAAAACCUGGUUGGUUCCGUAAUUUGUUCAAGAGACAACCGCAGAAGAUAGAGAUGAAGGGGUUGACUGAUGAUAUGCUCAAAGAAGCAGCAGCAAAGACUGACGGAUUUUCUGGGAGAGAAAUAGCAAAACUGAUGGCAAGUGUCCAAGCUGCGGUUUAUGGGAGUGAGAAUUGUGUGCUUGAUCCAAGCCUAUUUCGUGAAGUUGUAGACUACAAGGUCGCUGAGCAUCAACAGAGAAGGAAACUGGCAGCCGGAGAUAAAGGUAGCGUGUAGUGUAAUGGGUGUCCAAUAAGUUAUAUCAUUAAUCGUCGGGCAGUUUUCUCUGUUUAAGUAGUAAAGUGGUGGCUUAGAGAAAGGCUGAUGUUCACUUUUUACCUGGAGAGAGAGAGAGAGAGAGAGAGAGAGAGAGAGAUAAAGAUGUUGGGCAUGACCACAUAACAUAUGAUGUUAUUCAUUAUUUGCCCCCUAUCAUUGGAGGGUUUUUGGUAUUUCCUUUUCUUUAUAUAAAUUUAAUGCUGAUGGUGAUUGACAA